AUGACAUCACUCGAUUUGCGGCAACAGAAACUGGAACAGCAGAGGCAACUAAUCGCGCAGAAGAUGAAGCAAAAGAGACAAACUGGCGCUAGUGGAAUGGUACAAGCAUCCAAUGUAUCUAGUGCUCAGCUUACAAGUCAUUCGAAUAAAUGGAUGAAUCCAAACAAGGAACUUCAUGCAUAUGACGGCCCAUUGCAAUACGCUAUGUUUCAAACAAAUGCUGACAUGGGACCUUAUACAGAAGGUGUAAGAAAAAAUAGUGAAGGGACAAUUAAUGCAGUGGUUAACGAUAGAAGUUUGUAUGAAGGUUCUCAAAGCACUGAUUGUGCCGAUGAGGAAUCGUCACCCAUAGAUUUACAUUCGCCUUCAGAAUCUCUGCCAUGCUCCUCACCACUUCGAGUGGCUCCGUCGGAAGGAGCCAAUACUCUUAUUAAUAGAGAUAACAAUUCUUCCAGUCCAGAAUUGGAAGGGAAUGUAGAAGGCAAUAUCGAACAGUUUGUAUUACAACCCGCAAAUAAAAAAAUGCAUUACAAGUGUCGAAUAACACGCGAUCGAAAGGGCAUGGACCGUGGUCUUUAUCCAACUUAUUUCUUACAUUUAGAGCGUGAUUAUGGAAAAAAGAUUUUUCUACUGGCUGGCCGAAAAAGGAAAAAAAGCGCAACGAGCAAUUACUUGAUUUCGACCGAUCCCACAGAUCUUUCGCGAGGAGGAGAGUCUUACGUCGGCAAACUACGAUCGAAUCUUCUGGGGACACAAUUCACAAUUUAUGACAACGGAUACUCGUUAAUGAAAGAUGACAAACGUGACGAGCGUUUUAAUCCACGGCAGGAAUUAGCUGCGGUUGUGUAUGAUACAAAUGUUUUAGGUUUUAAAGGCCCUCGUAAAAUGACAGUUAUUAUACCGGGUAUGACGCCCGAUCAAAAACGAGUGGAGAUAUGCCCACGAGUCGAAUCAGAAACUUUGCUUGAACGAUGGAAAUUAAAACAAAUGGAUAAUCUGAUAGAGUUACAUAACAAAACCCCCGUAUGGAACGAUGACACGCAGUCUUAUGUGCUUAACUUUCAUGGGCGAGUAACUCAGGCAUCUGUAAAGAAUUUCCAAGUAGUCCAUGAUAGCGAUGUGGACUAUGUCGUAAUGCAGUUUGGACGUGUCGCAGAGGAUGUUUUUACGAUGGAUUACCGAUUUCCUCUUUGUACAGUCCAGGCCUUCGCCAUCGCUCUGAGUAGUUUCGACAGUAAAUUGGCGUGCGAAUAA